AUAUAUGUAAGCGAUAUGAUCACAAAUCUCAAGUAUACAUCAUGGCUAUGGAAGUUCCAAAGGUGAAGCUUGGCUCUCAAGGCCUAGAAGUCUCAAAGCAGGGAUUGGGGUGCAUGGGAAUGUCCAUCAAUGGUUACGGCCCUCAAAAGCCUGAGCCGGAGAUGAUUGAUCUCAUCCGCAAGGCUGUUGAAUCGGGGGUCACUUUUCUCGACACUUCUGAUGUCUAUGGACCGUAUACCAACGAGAUCCUCGUCGGAAAGGCGAUCAAAGGAAUUCGUGACAAGGUCCAAAUCGCAACCAAGUUUGCAAUAGCUUUCGACCAUGAAAACUGGAGCAGCAAUGUCACAAUUCGGGGGGAUCCGGCUCAUGUUCGUGCUGCUUGCGAGGCCAGCUUGAAGAGGCUCGAGAUCGACUGCAUUGAUCUCUACUAUCAGCACCGGGUCGAUCCCAAAGUUCCAAUCGAAAUCACAGUGGGAGCGAUGAAAGAGCUCGUCAAGGAGGGAAAGGUGAAGUACUUGGGGCUCUCGGAAGCAUCAGCCGCUGAUAUUCGUCGAGCUCAUUCGGUUCAUCCCAUCACCGCUGUUCAGAUCGAGUGGUCUCUUUGGACCCGAGAUGUCGAGGAGGAGAUCAUUCCAACUUGCAGGGAGCUCGGGAUUGGCAUUGUUAGCUAUAGUCCACUCGGACGAGGCUUCUUCUCAGGGAAGGCUGUGGUGGAAGAGAUUGGCGAUGACGAUUUCCGCAAAACGGUUCCGAGGUUCCAGGGAGAGAACUUGGCGCACAACAAGAUUUUGUACGAGAAGCUCUGCAAGAUAGCUGCGGGGAAGAAGUGCAGUCCCGGGCAGCUUGCUCUUACCUGGGUCCAACACCAAGGCGACGACGUUGUUCCCAUUCCAGGCACUACUAAGCUCCAAAACUUCGAAGAGAACCGAGCUUCCCUCCGAGUCACUCUCUCCAAGGAAGAUAUGGACGAGGUCGAGAGCGUAGUUUCGGUUGAUUCCGUCAAGGGAGAGAGGUACAGCGACGUCCAUAUAACUAAUACAUGGCGUUUGACUUCCUCGCUGCCUCUCUCAGCUUGGAAGAGUAGCGUUUAGAAAGGCCUGGAACUCAUAAAACAAUAAAGGAGUGUUGAAAAAGCAAUCUCAUCCCAAA